ACUUCCUGCCAGACAACAUACACGGUGGUUUCUGGCGACAACUGUGUGGCUCUUGCGGCAAAGUUCAAUGUUACAGAUGCUGCCUUGUUGGCUGCUAACCCAGCUGUGGAUGCCAACUGCGACAACCUUUUCGUGGGUCAGCAGCUUUGCAUCCCCUGCACAGCGGAAUACACUGUCAAAUCCGGUGAUGUUUGCAUCUCCAUUGCGAACAUGUUCAACAUCACUGCCGCUCAAUUGGAGGCUGCCAACACCGAUAUUGACCCCUUGUGCGACAAUCUGCAACCUGGCGAGGUAAGCAUUCUGAAGCGCUUCGGAACAUAG